CACACACACACACACACACACACACAACCAAUAUGCAGUGCACACUCUCCCUUUCCGUGAUCGCAGUGAUUGCCCUAAUCUUCAGUACAAACAUGACCCAAGGGGCACCCAUCAGCAGCAGCAGCAGCAGCGAUUCAGGGGCCAUCCUCUCACCAACCGAUAUCAGCGGUGAGGCUGUGCGUCAGAAGCGAGCCAGUGCGGAUUACUACAAGGGCGACUACUUCAUCUGUUAUCCCAAGAGCGAGGUCUACGGCAAUGCCUACGGAGGCUCCCAGCGGCGCUCGGAUGAUUCUGUGGCCAGUCCACCACGCCGCCUGGCCGAUGACUCCUUUGAAGCUCGCAAGGAUCGAGCCGAUGCCAGACGCGCCGCCUACACUGAUAGCUACGGCAAAUAGGCGACUGAUCAGACAAGCACUUUGAGUGCUAAGGAUUUUCACAGGUCUAGCUUUAUGAGUUGUACAAAAUAUGUUUAUUAAUUUAUUAAAACU